GUCGGUAUAGUUCUCCCAAUGGUGGCCAACUCACCCACUGACGAGGAGAGAAAUCACGAAGGCGAUAAAAAGUUCGAUGAUGUUUCUAAUGGCGAUAACGUUCUUCCAGAGAAAGUCGACUCUCCCAAAGAACCAACUCCAUCGCGUGGUUCUGACGAUCUGAACCUGCCACCCAGAGAGCACUGGGAGAACAGGUUCCAGUUCCUUCUCUCCACCAUCGGAUACGCCGUAGACUUGUCCAAUGUCUGGCGGUUUCCUUUCCUGUGUUACAAGAACGGAGGAGGGGCGUUUCUCAUUCCAUAUUUCACAACUUUAAUCUUCGGGGCCAUGCCGGUGUUUUUUAUGGAAAUGUGUCUCGGUCAGUUCAACAGAUGCGGGCCCACUGCUGUCUGGGAGAAGAUGUCACCCAUGUUUAAAGGUAUCGGCAUCGCCUCCUGCUUCAUGGCGUACAUCGUCGCCUUCUACUACAACGUCAUCAUCGGCUGGAGCUUCUUCUACCUCUUCGCCUCCUUCACCUCCAAGUUGCCGUGGACAAGCUGCUUUAACCACUUCAACAGCGACAAUUGCUGGCAGAUUGACUGGGACACCAACAUUACGUCGGUGGGAAACCCGGUUCAAUACCAGGCCGAUGACGUCACGGUGGUUCCCAGCGAGAGCGGGGAUUCCCGACCUUUCAAUCGGACGUAUAAUGCGUCUUCAUCGGUCUCAUCUACAAUGGAAUAUUUCGA